CGUAUAUCCGGAAAAACAGAAACAUUAAGAUAGUUUUGUCCACUCCUUCUCUCAACCUCAAAUAAAUUGAUUAAUUGAUCCUUCUGAUUUGAGAUUUCUAUUUUCUUCUAAAAUCCUCUUCAUUUUCAUCAAUGGCGACUCAAGGGCAAGUCAUAACUUGCAAAGCGGCGGUGGCUUAUGAACCGAACAAGCCACUGGUCAUUGAGGAUGUCCAGGUGGCUCCGCCACAAGCCGGUGAGGUUCGGAUCAAGAUUCUCUUCACUGCUCUCUGCCACACUGAUGCCUACACUUGGAGCGGAAAGGAUCCUGAGGGUCUAUUCCCGUGCAUUCUUGGACAUGAAGCUGCUGGAAUUGUAGAAAGUGUUGGUGAAGGUGUAACUGAAGUUCAACCAGGUGACCAUGUCAUCCCUUGUUACCAGGCAGAGUGCAGAGAAUGCAAGUUCUGCAAAUCAGGUAAGACUAACCUAUGCGGCAAAGUUAGGACAGCCACUGGAGCUGGAGUCAUGAUGAAUGAUCGCAAGAGCCGCUUCUCAAUUAAUGGGAAACCUAUCUACCACUUCAUGGGCACCUCAACAUUUAGCCAGUACACGGUUGUACAUGAUGUUAGUGUUGCAAAGAUUGAUCCACAGGCUCCUUUGGACAAAGUAUGCCUUCUUGGUUGUGGUGUUCCAACUGGACUUGGAGCAGUUUGGAACACAGCCAAAGUUGAACCAGGGGCCAUUGUUGCUAUUUUUGGCCUUGGGACUGUUGGUCUUGCUGUCGCAGAGGGUGCAAAGUCAGCUGGUGCUUCAAGAAUAAUUGGCGUUGAUAUUGAUAGCAAAAAGUUUGAUGUAGCAAAGAAUUUUGGAGUUACAGAGUUUGUGAAUCCAAAGGACUAUGAUAAGCCAAUUCAGCAGGUCCUUGUUGAUCUCACAGAUGGUGGUGUUGAUUACAGUUUCGAGUGUAUCGGAAAUGUCUCUGUCAUGAGGUCUGCUUUGGAAUGCUGUCACAAGGGCUGGGGAACAUCAGUAAUCAUAGGUGUUGCCGCAUCAGGUCAGGAGAUAUCUACACGACCUUUCCAAUUGGUGACUGGCCGUGUUUGGAAAGGGACAGCUUUUGGUGGUUUCAAGAGUCGUUCACAAGUGCCUUGGCUUGUGGACAAAUACAUGAAGAAGGAAAUCAAAAUAGAUGAGUACAUCACCCACAAUUUGACCCUUGGAGAUAUUAACAAGGCAUUUGAUCUGAUGCAUGAAGGGGGUUGCCUCCGAUGCGUGCUUAAGAUGAAUGAAUGAGGCUAAUAUGGGUGAACUAAAGGGGUGAUCUGUGAAGAACUACGUGCCUAUCUUCUACAACCGGGUUUGUACUUCCACUGCCAACUUAUGAGUGUAAAGUAGAGUCUGUUGGAACAAACUUUUUCUAUGAAGCCUAGUAGUUUAACCUUGUGAAAAAUGUUUGGUUUAUGAUGUUAAAAGAGAACCAGCGAUGGAGGUGUGUGCAUGAAUGAAUGAAUGAAUGAAUAAAAUAAUUAAGCUCCAAAUCAUCUGAAUUAUGGAGAUGAUGAGUAUUGGACAUA